UUAGUGGCUAUGAGUUGGUUUUGAGACAAAUUUACAAGGACCUAAAAUGUUUGGAGUUGGAAUCAAAUCUUCUUGAAGUAUUUCCUGAUGUCAAAUGUAACUUCAACGAGGAUAGAAUAAGAAAAUAUUAAAGAUGAGUGUUAUGAAGCAGCUAUUACUCUUUCUCAUGUUUGGAAUACUUAGAACGGCAAGAGCAGGAGACGCUCCAGUUUUGGCUCCUUUUAGUUUCCCACCUGCACUAAAAGAAGGAGAACGUGGCAGUGCAGCCUGCUUUGUGAGAUCAGGAGACAUUCCUUUGGAAUUCCAGUGGCUAAAAGAUGGUAAGAAACUACAAGAAAUCGACGGCAUCACAAUCCGCUCUCUUCCGGAUUCAUCAGUUCUCUCAAUUUCGUCUGUACUAUCUGAAAGUUCUGGAAAUUAUACUUGUAUAGUAACCAACGCUUUUGGAAGUGAUCGAUAUACUUCGACUUUGGCUGUUACAGCACCGCCUACCUGGAAAAUUGCACCUGAGGAUGUAGACACCCAAGAAGGAGAAAAUAAAGUGAUCCAGUGUGAGGCAAAUGGUGUACCUGCUCCAGAAAUAAAGUGGACUUACGGUUCUACAGACAGAGAAUCUAUAAUUUCCGGAGAAACUUCUUCGAAUAUAAAGGUUCUUCCUAACGGUGCCUUAUCAUUGACUAAAGUAGAAGCAUCGAUGCAAGGCAGUUACACAUGCAUAGCAGAUAAUAAAUUUGGUACGCCACUCACAAAAACUAUAUAUGUAAAAGUUCGAGAAUAGUUUUUGAAGUACUUUUUGGAAACAUUUUUUUAUUAAUUCUUUGAUUAUGUGAAUGGAAAAAUAUGCAUAAAGUCUUG